AUGAAGCUCCUUUGUUUUCCUAUUCUUUUUUGUUUAUUCUUUGUGAGCAUCGUUCAUGCCAAUUCAAUCCGAUCACCAGGAAAACCACUCUCAGUCAUCCCCCGAGGUCUCGAUAAUGAUCUUGGGCACAAAAAUUCAAGUUCAAGUUCCCAUGGAAAUCAUGGCAAAGGAAACCCAUGUGCAGGGAACACACCGAAUGACCGAUCAGUAUGGUGUGAUUAUAAUAUCGACACAGACUAUUCACAAAUAGCUCCAGAUACAGGGGUAACUCGAGAGUAUUGGCUUGAGAUCAAACAAGUCAUGCUUGCCCCUGAUGGGUUUGAGCGUCCAGUCUGGACUAUAAACGGCACCGUGCCUGGACCAACCAUCAUUGCAGAUUGGGGUGAUUGGGUUGUUAUCCAUGUUACCAAUAAUCUUGGUCCCCAACGAAAUGGAACAACACUGCAUUGGCAUGGUAUUCGCCAAAACUAUACAAGUGAGAUGGAUGGUGUUCCCUCGAUUACACAAUGUCCUAUCACUCCUGGAAAAACAAUGACUUAUAAAUGGCGUGCUGAGCAGUAUGGGUCAACAUGGUACCAUGCGCAUAUUGGGCUGCUAGCUUGGGAAGGUGUCUAUGGUGGGAUUGUUAUCAAUGGACCCGCAACAGCAAACUACGAUGUGGAUAAGGGAUCUCUGUUUUUGGGUGACUGGACGCAUCGAACAGUGGAUGAGCUUUACGUUGACCAGGAGAUCAAUGGACCUGCACAGAAUUUGUCCAAUGGUCUCAUUAAUGGGACCAAUGUUUAUCAACCAACACCAAGCGAUGUUAGCACUGGACACCGCUUCACGAUGAAAGUGAAUCAGGGAACUUCUUACCGACUACGCUUAGUCAGUCCAUCUAUCGACACAUUUUACCAGUUCAGUAUCGACGGUCACAGUCUAGAAGUGAUCGCCAUGGAUCUUGUCCCAAUUGUACCAUUCAAAACGGAUGUGAUUAACAUUGCCAUGGGCCAACGUUACGAUGUUAUUGUUACAGCAAACCAGGGACACAUCGCUGAGUCUUUCUGGAUGAGAGCCGUGCCCACGUUUCCAUGUUCAGGAAAUGAUAUGGCGGACAAUAUUCGAGGCAUUAUGCACUAUGGUCAAAAUGCCGAGAUACCCACAACUAAAGGUUUUCCAGUAUACAUUGGCUGUAACGAUAUUCCCAUGAAGGAUCUCGUUCCAUGGGUGAAACAGGACGUGGCAGCACCAUUUUUCGAAGAGAGCCUCGAUGUCACUUUUGCAAAAAAUAAAGACAACUACUUCCGCUGGGAGUUCAACUCUUCAUCACUGAAUAUUAGCUGGGAAGACCCAACGCUUCUGUCAAUUUACAACGAUGAAAUGGACUUUACGAAUACGAGCAAUGUGAUUGAGUUACCGGGAAAGAAUCAAUGGGUAUAUCUUUUGAUCAACACCACUCUCCCAGUUGCGCAUCCCAUCCAUUUACACGGUCAUGAUUUCUCCAUCCUAGGUCAAGGGAUAGGUGUCUUCGAUGGCUACUUAGUUACCAAAAAUCCGCCACGUCGAGAUACAGCGAUGUUACCGGCAGCUGGGUGGCUACUUGUUGCAUUCCAAACCGAUAACCCGGGUGCAUGGUUAAUGCAUUGUCACAUUGGUUGGCAUGUGAACGAGGGACUUGCGUUGCAGUUUGUUGAGAGGUAUGAUGAAAUUCGGGGAACCAUCGAUUACGACUUACUUGACGAUACUUGUUCAGCGUGGAGAACAUAUGAUGCGACCAAAGAUAUUGUACAGGAGGAUUCAGGUGUUUAA